UUUUCGCGUUUUUGACAUUUUAUAAAUAAUUGAUUAAUAUGUGGAUGUCAAUUAGUGAUUUAUUGUAAAUAUUGUAUAUAUACUUAAUACAAAAUGUGGCACGAAGCCCGGAGACAGGAAAAGAAGAUACGGGGUAUGCUCGUUGAUUAUCAGCGACGUGCUGAAAGGAGAAGAGAUUUCUUUGAAACUAUCAAAGCAGAUCCUACACAAUUUCUGCAGAUUCAUGGGAGACAAUGCAAAAUCCAUUUAGACCCGGCUGUUGCAAUUGCUGGAGAUAGUCCUGCUAAUAUGAUGCCAUGGCAGAAUAAUUUAGACAACAUGAUUGAUCGUUUUGAUGUUCGUGCACAUUUGGAUUAUAUUCCUGAUACCAUUCCUUGUUAUAAAGAAGAUUUAACACCUGAAGAAAGGCACUGUAAUUAUGAGAGUUAUCGGAUAUUGGCUCAGAAUACAUUUCUUGGAAUUCGGGAAGAAAAGUUUUUGCAGCAGUUGGCUUAUGAAGAGCAAUUUGGAAUAACCCCUGAAGAAUCGAAUAAAAAAAAGAAAAGUAGCAGCAAUACUGGAGCAGCUAUUGGAUAUAACUAUGAGAAUACUGAAGUCAUACCUGGAAAGUCUGAAAAAACUGAUAAAGAUGGAAAUUCGGAUAGUUCAGAUUCUGAAGUGGAAAUUGAUAUGGAUGUUAGUAUUGAUAUCACAAAAGUGGGAUUAGCUCAGGCAAAUGAAAUGAAUAUUGCGGCACAAGCAUAUGGAAUGGCAGAUAAUGACUUUUAUUCAUUUUUGACUAAAGAUGCUGAUGAAGCCGAAUCUUUAAGAAUAGCUAGAGAGGAGGAACAGGAAAAGGCUAUGUACAGUGGCAGGAAAAGUAGACGAGAAAGGCGUCAGCAUAAGGAAAAGCGACUCCUAGACCAUCAUUUCACAUCAUUCAGUUUUGCUGUUGAAAAAGCCCCAGAGGAAGGUCCAAAAGUAGAAAAAUCUGUAUCCCGAUCACCAUCACCAUCUUCAUUGGGUCAAAUAACAUAUAUAACUUCUUUUGGAGGGGAAGAAGAAACAGGAAAACAAAUUUCAAAUAAAAGUUCUGGAAGUAUUUUAGAGAAAGGAAGCACCAGUAGUUUAAGAAAAAAAUCUACAUAUGCUGAUAAAUUAAAGAGUAGUUCCGUUCGAAGGCGCCGAAGUAGGAGUAGAUCUCGAAGAGGGACUAGGUCAAGUAGGUCAAGAUCAAGAAGUCGAUCACGUAAUGGACAUAGGCGAAGCAGGUCAUAUUCUAAACCACGCAGUUAUAGACAACGAUCUCGUUCCCCAUAUUCAUCACAUAGAAGACGUAGAUCGAGAACAAGAUCGCGGUCAAAAACUCGUUCUAGCCGCUACCAUAAUUCCAACCGUUCUCUCAAAUUGAGUAGUAGGAGACGUUCUAGGUCGAGAUCAAGAAGAUCGAGAUCCAGAAAAAGAUCUAGAUCUCGUUCUACCUACUCUGACUCUUCAAGCAGCUCUAGAUCUUCCCACAAGAGCCUGACAAAGAAACUAUCCCCAACUGUUUCUAAAGAUAAUGACAAUGAUAAUUCGAAAGACAAUUCAAGUGCAAAUGAUGUACAUUCACCUGUGGCUGGACCACCAAUAAAAAAAUAUUAUGGAAGGAAAAAGGGCGAUGAGAGUUCUUCUGAACUGAGUUUAUCAGAUAGUGAUGAUAGUGACAAUAGGACAAGAGAAAAUCCUGAUAUACAUACAAAUAGCAAUGCUUCAACAGAUGUUCAAUCUUUAACAAACAACAGUUCUGGCACUCCAGCUCAAUCAACAUCUAGCAGCCUAUUGAUAGCAAACCCGAUCAUAAGCAGUACCAAUACUGGUACAAGCACUAGCGUAUCGGGUUUGUUUGGUAAAACUAAACCUAAUGCGAUCAACAAAGCCGCCAACAAACAGACCAGUUCAGGUGGCGGAAUUUUGAACAUUCAAGAGCGCCUUAAAAGGAAAAUGCAGGCGCAGUUGGCACGAACAUUGAAAGCUGAUAAAAAGGCAGAAAUAGAGCGUAAUGAAAGAGUUUUACAACAACAAAUUGAAAGAGAUGAAGAAAUGAGAGAGAUGGCUAUAAAAAUUAGACGCAGGCAAAGAGCGAUUCGUCACCGUUACAAUAGCGAUCAAUCUUCACAUUCCUCAGAUGAAUCUAGAAGUCAAUCUCGUUCUAAAUCACGAUCGCGGUCUGCAUCUCCUCAACCUGUAACAAAUGAACUUCCGAGAGCUUCAUAUAGUGAUGUAGUUACUAGAUGUCACAAUGAUUUGAAUGAAUCAAUUUCUCAAGGUAGUAAAAAAUAUUCAGCACGUGAAGAUCGCUAUGAAGACUCAAAGACUUAUAAGGAUGAGGAAAACUAUAAAGAUAGUAAAUCUCAUAGAGAUGAUUAUAGAUCUAAUAGAGAUGAAUCAAAAUCUUAUCGAGAUGAUUCAAGAUCCUAUCGUGAUGACUUCAGGUCUCAUCGAGAUGAAGCAAGAUCCUCAUAUCGAGAUGAUUCAAGAUAUAGCCGAAGAAAUGAUGAUUAUAGCGGAAGCAGUAGUAGUAGCAAGAAGAAACGCAGUGACGAUAGUGAUAAUGGCCAAAACAGAGGUUCAAAAGUUAAGCCCUUAGUUGAUUAUUAAAACAACUUUAUUUUUUAUGUGAUGAAAAUUACUUGUAAUACAAAUAUAAACUGUGUAUAUAACGGUACAAAUUUAUUAUGCAUAUUUUCUGUUAUAAGAAUGUAUGUGAUGUAGAUAUGUAAAUGUUAAACUAUAAAGUUGAAUUUUUAUUGUGAGCAUAUCCUGAAAUGAAUCAGGCUUUAGUUGACAUUAUUUUUGAGAUUUUUCUUCCAACUGCUUAAAAUAUUGUCCUCCAAUUUUUAUUAUUACUUUUUUAUGGGUUUUCAAACAUUAAUGCUCUAAGGAAAGAUAAUGCAGGGGACUAAAACUUCUAAGAAACACAUUGCUGAAAAAUUAAUAUAUGUAAGCCAAGAAACAAGUAUGAAUUUUAAACACUUCUUAUGCCUCAUACAGGUAAUUAUUACUGUCAAACCCUAAAUGACGAUUGUAAUGAAAUUCGUAGUGUAAAAAUAUUUUGAGCUCAUUUGAGUAUCAGAUAAUAGUCUAAUAAACUCUGCAGACAGACUGAUGGUUGACAAUAUUCCAAAAACCUUUUUCAAGCAAAAUAAGUCAAUAGUUACAUUUGUAUGAUGCGCUCAAUAC